UGGAUAUUGGAUACCGCGUUUCUCGAGAUUGUGCGCUGCCAACUUGUGGUGUUCAUUUUUGGCUUUUCAUAAGAUUGGUGUAUUUGAUACCUGAUAAUUGUCUGUUGCCAUCUUAACAUAAAAUCCCAAGCAUCUUUGAAUUAAUUGUGAUGAGUUUAGCAAAUCCAACGUUCGUCAAUUGUGCUGCUGUUAGUGGCGAUCGCUUAUGUGCUAUGUGUUCAACGAAUGAGUUCAAAUACAAAUGUCCAAAGUGUGAAGUUAAGACAUGUAGCCUUUCGUGUUGUAAUGAUCACAAAGUUCAAUUCAAUUGUACAGGAAUAUGUGAUACUGUUACCUAUUGUCGAAAAGAAAAUUAUUCAAUGUUUCUCUUUCAGAGAGACUAUAGAUUACUAGAAGAAAUUGAUAGAAAAAAUGCUCAAAGAGAAAAACAACUUUUAUCACUAUCUCAUCGAAAUACUGGGAGAAUCCGUAAAAGAAACCAACUAAUAAAGUUAGCCAAGGAAUAUGGUGUGACACUUCAACUCGCACCAACGCUUUUGUUGUCACGUACAAAAGUCAAUAAAACCCGUAUCCAUAUACAAAGAGAUAAACCUAAGAGUAUUUUAUGGAGCAUAGAAUUUAAUCUAAUGUCUUCGGAAAAUGCUUCAGUUCUAACUACUUCCGCCGCCAAUCAUUCAAAAUCAAUACGUUUGGUUGUGCAUAAUCAAGAGCAACUGACACGCUUAUGUACUAUAUGGAAUGAUCAUAUACUCAAUGUAUCAUCUGAACAGCAAGAUAUGCUAAUCACACAUUGUCCCAUAGGUUCACCUCCUUUCGGGAAAAUUUCAUCGUGGUUACAUUCUACAACAAAUCGGUUUUGUGAUUCAACUGUUAGAUUUUAUUUCUAUGUAAAUGUACAAAAGAUUGGUCCUGAACAACAAGUAAAUACAGAUAUGAAAACAACAACAACAACAACUUGUCAGAAUGAAUAUAUAGAAGUGUUUCAAACAAACAGAUUAAUUGAUAUAUUAACAAUUCCUGGUUAUAUAAUUCAUGAAAUGCCUACAAUUUAUGUAUCAAAAAAUGAUUUACCAAAUAAAAUUACAAAACAAUAAUAAGUUAUUCUUGAUUUUUAUUUAUCCUAGUGCACUCAUUCUCUUGUUAUUUGAUUAGAAAUGAAGAUAUUUUAUGGUACAGGAAUAAUUCAUAUCUUGUAAUGUCUUCACUAAAACGCAAUAAAUCUCAUAAGGGGAUUUACAACAGCUUAGAGUUGAUUGUGUCUCAAAGCCAAGCAUAACUAAAAAAAAAUAACGUGAUAUUUUCGUAGAAUGUUAUCAGUAUUUAUGAAAUAUUUGCAAUCAAAUCACUGCAUGGCAGGUUCUACUCUAAUCAAGUCGUCGUUCAUCCAAUAAUGAACACUAGUUCACAUAAAAAUACAAAUGUUGUUUCACUAGCUUCCUUUUUUAUAUAAGAAUAAUUCAGAUUUUACUUAAAAAACAAAAUAGUAUAUAUACUAUUGAGAGAUAUAUAUUUCAAUCUCGGGAAAUUACUGUACAGUCAGUCAUCAAAUGAAUCAUUACAAAUGUACAAUUUAGAAUACGUAAAAUACUGCGACAGCAUCAGCUGCUGCUGCUACUUAUGCAAUAAAUAAAAUAAUGUGACACAAUCAAUAAUAAAAUAGUUUGUCAUGUUUUUUUUUUCUGUUUACAAUCCUGGCGGUGGUGGUGUUGAACUACAAUGAUCCGUUUCUGUAUUAUCAUCUGUAUAAGGAACAAGAGGUUUCGAUGAUAAAAGUUCAGUACUACUACUACUAUUAGUAGUAAUACAUGUAUUAUUCCAUGCUUUUAAUGAAGCUUCUAUAUUAUUUGCAGCAGCUGUUGUAUUUUGAUAAGCAAGAUGAAAUCGAUCAUUAUCUAUGCAAACUUCUUUAUAAUCUGGAUCAGUUGGUUCUUGUUGAGGUAGUACACAUGUUGCAUAUGCAUAAGCAGCAUAAUCAUCUUUACCUGCACGUAUCUCAGCUAAUUGUGCAGCUACACACAUGGCAGCUUUUUUAGCAGCUUCACGUUCAGCUAUAGCUUUGUCUGCAGCAGCUUGAGCUGCUACUGUUUGAGCUAUAUGAGCAGCAGCAAGUUCAGCUUGAAUUAAUGCAUUGGCUAAGAUAUAUCGUCCUUCAGAUUGAGACCAAUAAUAGUACAUUUGAUUUGUUGAAUCAUAGAAAUAACCUCUUAAUGGAUCAUAAUACAAAGCAGUUUCUGGAUCAUAAUAUAAACCAGUCGUUGCUUCGUACUGUAAUCGAGCUGAUUCAGGUGGUGUAGAAAAUCUACGAUCUCUUCUAAUUUUAUCCAUCACAUCACUUUCUGUAGUAUUAUGUGCACGAGCAUAGCAAGUUAAAGCAGCUUGAUAUAUAGAACCGGAAGGCAUGAGAUCAGAAAUACGAGUACUCAAGUGUGAUACACA